AUGACCAAGAGCUUCGAUUGGGACGCCACGCUAGCGCUCGUACGUUGGCAGCGUACACGCCAUGGCUAUGACAGUGACGCCGCCUUAUUGCAAACAGGUGUAUCACUACUACAGCCUGACAAUGACCUCCAAUUCGGCCCACAGAGCGCACUAGCCCGUACUGAACGUGCUUUCAAUCUGCCGUGGCACCGCAUCGUGUCUGAAGUGCUGGAGUUCGCCGUGUUUGUAGUCACAAAAGCCAAACGAGACAAAGAUGUACGUCCAGAUCAUACGCGCCAGGCGCUGCAUCUGCUGCAAUUGGCGCUCAACGCGUUCACUGUAAAUGGAGACGCACAGCAAGCGACAUUGCCGCUGAACUCGUGCAAUUUGCUGCUGUCCGCGCUCGCUGAGAAGCUGGAGAAGGCGCAACAGGAUAAAGAGACACUACAGACGCUCAAGGACGUGAAGGCUGUGCUCUUGUAUCUUUUUGGAUUGCUGAAUGAGGUUGUAAAAGCUGUGACGGCUAAUUUUCUGAUGUAUCGCCCUCCUACGAACGUGUUUACUGACUUUCUAAAGCGAUCUUUUAAUGCAACUUUUACGUCGCUGAUAAAGUUGCAAAGAAGCAAUUUAGGAGAGGAGAAGAUAGAGCUGGAGACAUUAUACGUGGACAUGAUGCAUGCCUCGCUGUUUGUAUUCCGAGAUCUCCAGAAGACGCAAACAAACAAGAAAAAAGUCUUUUUGGCAAUUGCCAAGACGUCGCUGAGAGAUUUUGUGGGGUUUCGCCACUCUCUCGUGACGCUGCAGAAACGAGGUGUGACGGGUGUUGAAGCUGUGAUGACGUUACUGGAUCAUGUGGUAGAAGACGCGCUGUUUGACGCGGAACAUAUUUGUCAAUUUGACGGAGCUGUGGUACACGCUGCUGUUUGGAAGAAAGAAGGUGGAAGCAAAGAUGAAGCACAGGAAAAGCUAGACGACACAAGAUUAAAGAAACGACGAAACGCAGGUCAAGCAAAGGCGACAUCGGGAUUAGUGUCCUACCAGAAGAAUCUGUUCGAUGAACUUGUACGAUUAUUGUCAGAUCAAGACAUGCAAUUGGAGCUGAAGGCAUCAGUGGGGGGAUUUUUUGAGCUGCUUGUGCGCGGUUUCGCUACUCGUAUUCGUGCAGCUGCCACUACAAAAAUCGAAGACACCAGAACGGACCUGAAAACUAGCCGAAAACGCGCAGCGAUCGUCAUUGCUACCACGUCGACAAUGUACUCGCCGUUCAAAUUCUGGUCGGAGUUGUGUGCUGUGGCGUACUUAUCUUUUCAGCAGGAGGCAAAAAAGAGUGACUACCUGCCGGUGUUGGUGACCCUAUACAAUGCGCUGUUUCGAGCGCUCUGUGAAUGUGACAUCUACCGUGUGACAGAAGAUACAGAGGAACGCACGCAAUUCAUAACAAUGGAGAAAAUUCUCUCAUCAUUUUUGCAAGUGCUCAAAGUAGAGCCCGACGAUGAAGUUGCUAAUGCUGAUCAAGCUUCAGAGGAGUGUGAGAUUGUAUCCAGUGCAGUACGGUGUUCACCCAACCUUGUAAAUGGAUGCCUAGUUCCGAUACUCGAAUUGCUCGGAAUGCGAGCUGAACGAAACUAUCCCGCUAACAAGAACGUAGAAGGCAAAAGUGGGGUUAUCGCGGCAGCUAGCCAUGCAGUUAUUGAGCUCAUUCAUGCGUACGAUUCCAUGCGUCUUCUGGAUACAUUCUUGAAAAGCGUCUUCGCGAUUCAGCAAGCCCACGAAGGUCUACACAAACUCUUUGCUAUUCCUUCAUGCGAAACUGCACUUCGUAAAGCGUUCAUGGCUUUGCCUCCUGGUCAGACGGAUGUGUUGUGGAAAUUGUUUGUGGGGCAAAUCGCGUCUUAUGCAUUAAAAGAUGACGAUAUCAGAAACGCGCGUGGGAUGGCGGUUGCACGUUUCCUCUUUCAGACUUUUGUUCAAGAAAUUCACGUGGUACCUCAGAAUCGUUCUAAAGUGCUGGGACUUGUAUUGCAUACCCAUGAACAGCUUUUUUCCUCGUUUGCAAAUGAGCUUGCUCAAGUCACGGGUCCGUUUACAUCCUAUCAGCGAGAAUUGUUCAGUAUAUUCGGGGAGUUGCUGAUGUUUGAUUCUGUACUAAAUGCUUCCAUUCGCGAGCAAACGUUUGGUCAGAUGUUUAACAAACUUGAAGGCGAUGGACUUUACACUGCAAUGGAACAUCUGCUAAGCAUUUCUCCAUUAUGUAUGAAGGCGGAAGGCAGCAAAUUAGAUGCAGAUAUUGAAAAGACUGAUUGUAGCACCAGCCACGGCGCUGGUGCUGCCGGGAUUAUUAAACUUUGUGUGUUUUGGCUGCGAAAGACAAAAGCUUCGAAUCCAAUGCAAGGCAGCAAUGCUUUCGAGGGACGAGAAAGAGUAAUUCGCUUGAUCAUCGAGUAUGUUAUCAACUGGAAAUGCUGGGAGGCAGUGAGUUUCCAUUUGCCUGAGUUAAUGACAAAUGCGAGCAGCAAUGAAUGUGACCACUUCUUCCGAGAGAUAUUGAGUGCUUACAUUAGUGUAGCUGUAUCUGAGGAGCUGGACAGUUCAGCCAAGCGAAUUGUUUGUGAUGCGGGGUUUUAUGAGAUCUCAAGCCUAAGAAAUAUCGCGCCAGAAUCAUUGACUACCCUAGGGAAACACUUUGUGGACGAAGUACAGCAUGGGUCUCUGACGAGCCUGGAAUUGCCCCGUCGUUUUUUCAGCUUCUUGUUAGAGAUCCCGUCAGGCUAUCUGAAGCCUCAAGAGUGUGGACCGCUACUAGCGACCGCUCUUGCUCAAUACCGUGCAAUCUGUGUGUCUCCCGACAAUGUCAAUAGCAAAGCAGAAGUCUGUCAGUCUGUGCUGGCUUGGAUCCAGCAGCAUUUUAAAGUUAUUGGAGUUGGCUUGCAUAAGUCGCGGAAAGCAUUGACAAACCUCGACGAGCAGCUACGUAGUGGGGCAUCCUUCAUUUUCUCACAGCUCGCGGUGGACAACUCUGUUAGCGUGGCACUCGUCACCGACGUGCUUGGACACUAUUUGGAUAUCGGUGCCAACGCAUUUGCUGGUGAAUUGCUGAAUAGUAUCUUAGACAGUAAGAGUGCCGGAGGAACAUCUGUAGACAAGAUGACAAGAAUACUGAAGCGUGCCGUCAUCGUUGUGCAGGCUCUGGCUGCACAUCGGUCUACACCAAAUGCUUCUAAGGAAGAGAAAAAGUUUAUCGAAGAUGUCGUAAAAAUUGUUACUCAGGCAAAGGUGAUCGAGACAACACAUGCGCCAUUGUCCUUUGACGUACUUGCCGCUCUCCUCAAAUACCAGUCCGUACUGCACAAACUAGCUCGCCAGCACAAAAGUCAGCAGACAAAAGUAUAUGAGGGUCGAGUUUUGCAACUGCUCUUGAAGCAUGUGGAGGGUGCUUUGGCAGCUUCAAUGAAGUUGAUUACCGCGACUAGCAAUUCCACGGACGACAUGAAGCUCCAGGAUGCGGCUUUGUCCUUCUUUGAGACAUUUUGUGAGGAGUACGCUUCAUUCCGGACGUUUGUGACUUCUUUAAAGACGUAUGGGUGUUUGUUGGCGGUAUCGCUUUCGCUUGUUUCUCGGAACACCACGUCUUUAUUAAGCCAGAAGAAGGCGGAGCUAGCAGCGAUGGAAGCAAUUGUGGGUCACGCGAAUAAGGAUGAGUUCCGCCUGCUGAUGUCAACGCUUGUGCAGGAACUCGUUGCACAUGAAGAUCAGCGAAAGCUAGGUGCACUGCGUGCCCUGUACGUGCUUUUGGGUGGUGACCGUAAGCUUAAUGCAUCACGACGGUUCCUUUUAAACGAGCACAAGGAAUCAAUCGUUGAAGCCUUGCUCCAGAAUUUUACUGCCCAAGCAUUGCACAUUGGAGCUCUAUCAUCCGACUCGUUUGAUACCGCCGUUUUUCUUCGUGUUUGGAACUUGAAGGUCUUUGUACUGGUGUUUUCCAAGGCAGAGCUUUUCACAUGGAAAAGUUACGAGCUACAACACGUUUUCACGGGUUUCCAGCCAAUAAUUUCAGCAGUAUCGUGCUGGCAAGCUGGAAUGAACCCGUAUAAACCCCAGGAGCUGCACGAGUUGUGGACGCUUUCGUACACAUUAUUGCUGCGUAUUGUGCGGACUCAUUUUGGUCCAUUGGUGAUUGGUAUUUCGCACCUCGUCCAGGCAUCAAAUGCACUUUUUCAAUUGCUAGUGUUGGCUUCAGAUCACGUGGAAUAUUCACAAUUUUGUUUCGAAUGGAGCUCCAAUUUGGCACGUUUGUACGGAUACAUGAAAGAGCACGAUGUGCCAUUGCGUAAACAUGUUGUUUACCUCUUGAUGGCGUUUCUUGUGGGUGUUACUCGUGACAAAUUGGCCGUACGUUUUCAACAGAAAUUACGACCAGGUGUCUUUGCUUUGUUUGAUGUUUGUUCACCUUAUGAGAAGGACCAACUCUUUGGUGCGUUGGAUUCAACGGGCAAAUCGCUGCUCAAGACGUUAGAUACAAAUUACAAGCUAACACAUCGCUACGUUGGCAAAGUCUAA